GACCACGGCCCCGCGCGGGCUUUACGGCCGAGGCGGCGGCAGCGGCGCGUGUGUAGCGGCGGCGGCGGGCGGGAGCGCGGAGGAGGUGGAAAGAAGGGGGGCGCUGUCACGGAGACUUCGGCCGCCGGAGACCCCGCCGCAGCGAGGCCACUGGGCUCCCCGGUCGCAGGGCGUGAGCGCGCCAACCGGGACACCAGGGAGACACACCGGGCGAAGGAGGGGGCCUAUGUACCCUUCCGCAUUUUCCUGGGUCUCUCUCCCGGGCGGUGACGUGACGUGCUGACGGCGGGCCCGUGCCGGGGAGCUGGGCCGCUUUUUGUCAGCUCCGAGCUCGGCCCCUCCUCCCUCCCUCCGCCCGCCCCACCAGCCGGAGCCCGGCCCAGUGCUCCAGAGAAAGGCCGGCCUGCAGCACCCGCCACCGUCGCCGACCGCCCGCACGCCCGUCCGGAGCUGUGACUGAUGAGAAUUAAAGGCCAUGGAUGAAGAUGGACUUGAAUUACAACCACAAGAGCCAAACUCAUAUUUUGAUGCAACAGUUUUUCAGAACACUUCCCAUAUAUUCCCAUUUGAUCAUCACAGCAGUCCUGUGAGGAGCUGAUGCUACACACAUGGAUGGUGAUCAAAUUGUUGUGGAAGUACAAGAAACUGUUUUUGUUUCAGAUGUUGUGGAUUCAGACAUAACUGUGCAUAACUUUGUUCCUGAUGACCCAGACUCAGUUGUAAUCCAAGAUGUUAUCGAGGACGUUGUUAUAGAAGAUGUUCAAUGUCCAGAUAUCAUGGAAGAAGCAGAUGUAUCUGAAACGGUCAUCAUUCCUGAGCAAGUGCUGGACUCCGAUGUAACCGAAGAAGUUUCUUUAGCACAUUGCACAGUCCCAGAUGAUGUUUUAGCUUCUGAUAUUACUUCAGCCUCAAUGUCUAUGCCAGAACACGUCUUGACGAGUGAAUCCAUACAUGUGUCUGAUGUUGGACAUGUUGAACACGUUGUUCAUGAUAGUGUAGUAGAGGCAGAGAUCGUCACUGAUCCUCUGACAGCUGACGUAGUGUCAGAAGAAGUAUUGGUAGCAGAUUGUGCCUCUGAAGCAAUCAUAGAUGCCAAUGGGAUUCCUGUGGACCAGCAAGAUGAUGACAAAAGCAACUGUGAGGACUACCUUAUGAUUUCCUUGGAUGAUGCUGGCAAAAUAGAACAUGACGGUUCCUCUGGAAUGACCAUGGAUGCAGAGUCGGAAAUCGAUCCUUGUAAAGUGGAUGGCACUUGCCCUGAAGUCAUCAAGGUGUACAUUUUUAAAGCUGACCCUGGAGAGGAUGACUUAGGUGGCACUGUAGACAUUGUGGAGAGUGAGCCUGAGAAUGAUCAUGGAGUUGAACUACUUGAUCAAAAUAGCAGUAUUCGUGUGCCAAGGGAAAAGAUGGUUUAUAUGACUGUCAACGACUCUCAGCAAGAAGAUGAAGAUUUAAAUGUUGCAGAAAUUGCAGACGAAGUUUAUAUGGAAGUGAUUGUAGGAGAGGAGGAUGCCGCUGCCGCAGCGGCAGCCGCUGCCGCGCAUGAACAGCAAAUCGAUGACAAUGAAAUCAAAACUUUCAUGCCAAUAGCAUGGGCAGCAGCUUACGGUAAUAAUUCUGAUGGAAUUGAAAACCGGAAUGGCACUGCAAGUGCCCUCUUGCACAUAGAUGAGUCUGCUGGGCUUGGCAGACUGGCUAAACAAAAACCAAAGAAAAGGAGAAGACCUGAUUCCAGGCAGUACCAAACAGCAAUAAUUAUUGGCCCUGAUGGACAUCCCUUGACUGUCUAUCCUUGCAUGAUUUGUGGGAAAAAGUUUAAGUCGAGAGGUUUUUUGAAAAGGCACAUGAAAAACCAUCCUGAACACCUUACCAAGAAGAAGUACCGCUGUACUGACUGUGAUUACACUACCAACAAGAAGAUAAGUUUACACAACCACCUGGAGAGCCACAAGCUGACCAGCAAGGCAGAGAAGGCCAUCGAAUGCGACGAAUGUGGGAAGCAUUUCUCUCACGCUGGGGCUUUGUUUACUCACAAAAUGGUGCAUAAGGAAAAAGGAGCCAACAAAAUGCACAAGUGUAAAUUCUGUGAAUAUGAGACAGCUGAACAAGGGUUGUUGAAUCGCCACCUUUUGGCGGUCCACAGCAAGAACUUUCCUCAUAUAUGUGUGGAGUGCGGUAAAGGUUUUCGUCACCCAUCAGAGCUCAAAAAGCACAUGCGAAUCCAUACUGGGGAGAAGCCGUACCAAUGCCAGUACUGCGAAUAUAGGUCUGCAGACUCUUCUAACUUGAAAACGCAUGUAAAAACUAAGCAUAGUAAAGAGAUGCCAUUCAAGUGUGACAUUUGUCUUCUGACUUUCUCAGAUACCAAAGAGGUGCAGCAACAUGCUCUUAUCCACCAAGAAAGCAAAACACACCAGUGUUUGCAUUGCGACCACAAGAGUUCGAACUCAAGCGAUUUGAAACGACACAUAAUUUCAGUUCACACAAAGGACUACCCCCAUAAGUGUGAUAUGUGUGAUAAAGGCUUUCACAGGCCUUCAGAACUCAAGAAACAUGUGGCUGCCCACAAGGGUAAAAAAAUGCACCAGUGUAGACAUUGUGACUUUAAGAUUGCAGAUCCGUUCGUUCUAAGUCGCCAUAUUCUCUCAGUUCACACAAAAGAUCUUCCGUUUAGGUGUAAGAGAUGUAGAAAGGGAUUUAGGCAACAGAAUGAGCUUAAAAAGCAUAUGAAGACGCACAGUGGUAGGAAAGUAUAUCAGUGUGAGUACUGUGAGUAUAGCACUACAGAUGCCUCAGGCUUUAAACGGCACGUUAUCUCCAUUCAUACGAAAGACUAUCCCCACCGUUGUGAGUACUGCAAGAAAGGGUUCCGAAGACCUUCAGAAAAGAACCAGCACAUAAUGCGACAUCAUAAAGAAGUUGGCCUGCCCUAACAAUACUUCUACAGACUUUUGUAGAGAUGUUGGCUUUGAAGCAGAAAAUUCAUUUUAAAGCCACAGUCUCGUUCACAUACAAUACUGUAUAUUGAUUUAUGCUGUGUACAAAUAGAAUUAUUGCUUCUAGUUGACUUUUUUUUUUUACCAUUUGUUCAAUAGUGUGUUCUGAAUUCUAUUCAGUUUGUUUAAUAAAUGGGGAAAAGCAGCAACAAGCAAGUUGCAGCAACAAGCAAGUUGCAGCAGCAACAAGCUUUUAAUAAAGUAAUCCCUGAUUCUAUACUGAGUUUUUCUAUCUUAGAAGUUUUAUAUUUAUUUAAAUAUUUACCUUGCUUACCUUGAUGGUACUCUUCUAAGACCAUUUAACUUAAAGUUAAGGUAAUUUUAGAUUGGUAACUCUGAAAGUAAUGUUGACUUAUUUUUUUUUUCCCAUAAAUUUCUCACAAUCAAAUUGUCAGAGACAUCUACUAAUAUAAAUGGGAGAUUUUAUGGUCAGGUCUAAUUAUCCUAACAUGGGAGUCAUUUACUCAUCUUGUUUUAAUAUUUUCAGACCACAUGACAAUGAAAGUUUCCAUUUGAGCUUUUGUGUCCCUGGCAUCGCUGAGUAAAGAGCAGUGGCUGGGUUUGUGUUUACCUUUCGUUUUGUUCAGCAGACAGAAUAUACUUUUGGGGGUGCUUUCUUUGGAGUAUUUACAUCUUUUGUCAGCAUAGCAAACUUUUAGAAAACUUUAUUGAAAAAUUUUGCUUGAUCCUGUUGUAUUUUGUCUGUGCUACUUUGUGUUGGAAUGGUUGUGUGCUACAGAUGAGACUUACUGAGGACUGCAUUUGGAAUCUCCUAGAGGUAAUUAAUUCGUGGCUCGUAGGAUCUUUUGCAACUUUAUAUAUGUAAAUGUACCCUGAAUUAUGUAUAUGCAUAUAUAUAUAACAUGUAUCUGUGUGUAUUGCUUAUUUUACAUAUUUAUACACACAACCCCAAGUAGUAGUUGUUGAAAAUCUAUAAUGAAAAGUAUUAAAUUUACAAUAACAUGAAAGACGCAGGGAUGCAUGAGAGAGCAUUUUGUAAAUCAUGCUCUUUGGAGAGACUACUCAGGUGAAGAAUUAGAAGGAAAAUAAGGACUAGUAUUUUUAAAGAGUAAAGGUAUUUUCUUUUAAAUAUCUUUGGUAACUGAAAAAUAGAAGUUAAGAUGUUUCUAGAUAGAAUGUUUUCAUAUAACUUCAGCUCCAUGCCUUUAUAUUUUUCAGAAAAGCUAAUGAGAAUCCAGACAUAACUCCCUCAGUUCUCUCUGAGAAGCUCAUGAAGGGAUUCUGUGUCCCCAAGUGAGGGGACUAAGGAAGCAGUUGCUCCAUGUACCACAGAAUGGGUGCUAAUUACGACUUAAACUGGGCAAGUUCAGCCUGCUCUGUUACUUCUUCGUUACAGCUGGCAACCUUUCAAAAACUUAACACUCAAGCUGGCUUUGAUUAGAAGAUAAAGGUGUGUUUUAAGUGCAUGAGGAAAAUCUGAGGCCUUAUUUGGAACAUCACCAAGUCUUUCACAGUUUCGUUUUUCUUUGAAAGUUAACACUUUUUAACAGAGAGUUCUGAAUCAGAGUCAUAAAUUCAUAAAGUGAACUUGGUUAGUUAGAAUUUGGUUAUGUUAAGAUGAAUCUUGGAGAACUGAGAACAGGUUUUGGGAUCCCUUAAAUUGGCUGUCGGCACAUGAGUAUCUGGUACAACAUGGGAGAUUUUGGAGUUUUCUCCCCACUUGUUAGCUGCCUUGCCAGUUCUUUAUGGUGUUCCAUCCCCUUUGUGCUAUUAGGUUUUUAGCUUUCAUCUUUCUCUUUGCCGUUGAUAUUUGUAUGCAAGAGUUAUAUUUAUAGGGUUAGAAAUCUAAUAUUUGGUGUUUGGCAAGCCUCUGAAGUGCUAGGUUGAUUUAGUCCAGUUCUAAAUCAAGUGCUUUAGGCUGGUAUAACUCCAUCCUGAAUGCCAGUCAAAGCCAAGGCAUAGGAAUGCCUGUGCCCUCUUGGCCCCCGUAACGUGCUUUUUUUUUUAAAGUAACUUAACCAUCGUGUGAUUCAUUGCCCUGCAGUACUAUUGAAAGCUCUGUCUGUUUUUUUGUGAGAACCUUUAAAAUCUCCCUUAAUUUUUAUUUUUCCCAGAAAUAAUAUAAAAGAAAACACUUGAAUUUGGAAAUUUGUCGAUUUUUAAACAUCCAUAAAAAUUAAUAUAAAACAUAUAAGUAAUUGGUCAUGUAUAUUUUUUUAAAUAAACUGAAAGAUAAAGAACACAACAAUUUACACACUUUAUAUUUCUCUUACAUGGAUGGUCUGGAAUCAUACACAGUUCUGUUCUUUUUAAAGCACAAUAUUGAAACCUUUAAAAGGUAUUUAAGGGUUUGGUCAAGUGAAUAUGGUAAAAUGUAUUUGUCUGUAUAAAGAGAAAAAAAUUGUAGUCACUGUUAUGUACUGACAUUAGUUACAACUUAGUUUUAAUUCUUAAAACAAUUUUGAUUAGCAAAGCUAAAAAAAAAAUGGUUGUUUCAGUUAAAUGUUUUAAAGAGGUACAGAUUUUUACAAGGACAUAAUAUAAGUUAUUGUUCUGUAGAAAUAUCCUUAAAUAUUGUAUGUCCCUCCCUCUGUACACUUUGUAAAAAAGGUAAAAUACAUAAAAAGAAAAUCAUAUAGGGAUGUGUGACAUUAUUGUAAUUGUGUACUUGAGAAUAACGUGCAAAAAUAAAAAUCAGAAUAUUUUCCUGUUAAUGUUUAGUCUAUUUGAUACCAGUACUAAGUUAAUGCUUUUUCUUAAGAAAAAAAAAAAUGUACAGUUUUUGUAAACCUAAUAAACAUCAAAAGCAGUGGA